CUGAUCCCAGUUUCCGUUCUUGAAUCCUAGUAGGCUCGCUGGCAGCUCUCGCCCGACUGACGAUCGCGGAUUAGACGACGCUCGUGACUGCGACUGCCUGAGCUGCUGGACCGCGUGCUCUGCGUUUCUUAAACGUGUGCAGGAUUAAAACGUGUUCCUUGUGCUGAUUAGCACCAGUUUUACGAAGAGCGAUAGAGGGUCGCGAUGCCUCUAGCUCUGUCGGAUGGAGUCGUCAGCAGCAUGGCCGUCGGCGCGCUGUUCAAGGACUAUAACGGUCGGAUCAACUCGAUGGAUUUCCAUCGGACGGAGGACCUGCUCGUGACGGCAAGCGAUGACGAGUCCAUCCGGGUCUAUGACACGUCAAACGCCUCCCUGGUGAAGACGAUUCACAGCCGCAAGUACGGAGUGGAUCAGGUUGUCUUCACCCACCACCCCUCCGCUGUGCUCUACUCCUCCAAGAACGGCUGGGAUGAGUCACUGCGCUAUCUCUCUCUCUACGACAACCGCUAUCUACGCUACUUCAAAGGCCACAGAGACAAGGUCGUCUCUCUCUGCAUGUCGCCUAAGAACGACUCCUUCCUCUCAGGCGCUCUCGACCACACCGUUCGCCUCUGGGACCUCAGAACAUGCGAGUGCCAGGGCUUAAUGCGCGUGCGGGGGCGCCCAGCAGUGGCGUUCGACCAGCAGGGGCUGGUCUUUGCAGUGGCCAUGGGCGGAGGGGCGGUGAAGCUGUUUGAUGCUCGCUCCUAUGAGAAGGGCCCCUUUGACACCAUGCUGGUGGGCGGUGACGAGGACGAGGUGACAUCCAUCAAGUUCAGCAACGAUGGCAACCAGAUCCUCGUCUGCACGCUCAACGGCCGCAUCUACCUGCUGGACGCCUUCGAAGGGCAGAAGCUACACACUCUCACAGUUGUACCUGAUAUUGAUGGUGCCCCAUUGGAAGCGUCUUUCAGCCCCGAUGCCAAAUACGUCAUUUCAGGCUCUGGUGACGGCACUGUGAAGGCCUGGAGUGCUGCCACUGGCGCACAGGUGGCAAGCUGGGGGAACCAUGCAGGGGUGCCAUCAGUGGUGAAGUGGGCCCCACGCCGCCUCAUGUUUGCCACUGCCUCUGUGCUGCUAGCUCUCUGGAUACCAGACUUGUCCAAAAUCCCUAGGCCUGGUUGAUGUGAUGUUGACGAAGGUUCUUUCAAAUGUAAAUUCUUGCUUUUCGAAGCAUGAUCAUAAGGUAACUGUUGCCCGAGC